AUGUUUGAUAUAUUCGACAGUCCAAUACUCUAUAGAAGAGUUCCAUCACUCUUCGAGGUCGCUCGUGCUAUGCAAAGACAAAGAAUGUUAGAAGAUCUCUGGCUCUCAGAUUUCGAUGUCCCAGAAAUGUACUUCUACUUCACAUCAAACGGUUCCAAGGCUAAUAAGAAGAACAAGAAGACAAGAGCUGAGAAGAGAUUAGCUAAGUCUCAAAAGGAACAAGAAGCUAAAUCAGAAGAAUCUCCUAAAGAAGAAAUUCCAGCCAAGGAAGAAGAGAAACCAGUUGAAGACAAGAAACAAGAAGAAGCUCCAAAGGCUCCAGAAGAAGCUGUUAUUCCAUCUAAUGAAUCUGCAACUCCAAUUGAAACUGAGAAGACCGACAUUGAAGCUCUAAAGGUCGAAGAAACUAAGGAAGAAGUCGAAGCUCCAAAGUCUGAAGAGAAACCAGAAGAAGUUCCAGAACCAAUGAAGAUCUCUCCAUCAUUCUCUGAAGAAUUACCAAAGCUUGAAGAAACUCCAGUGUUAGAAGAAGCAAAAGUAGAACCAGAAUCAUCAAUCAAGCAAUCAAAGUCCGAGGAACUUCCAAAGUUAGAAGAGAAGGAAGUCAUUGAACAGAAGCCAAAGGAAGUUAUUCCAGCUAGACCUGAAGAAGAUGAUGAUGAAUUCACAUGUGAAACACGUACAAUAACAAAGAAGGGUGGUUUCAAGCAUGUAAUCCGUACAGAACGUAAUGAAAAUACAGGAAUUAUCAUUGUUACAGAAACUAGGGAGAUUGGUGAUAAGUCAAUGUCUCUUAAGAGAGUAAUGUACCCAGAUGGUGAAGUUGAAGAAUUUGAGUCAAAGAAGAAUCUUACUGAUGCAGAUUUAGAAGAAUUCAAAGCAAAUUGGAUCAAAGCUUUUCCUGUUGAGUAA